UCAUUUGAUCUAAAUUAUCAGUCAAUAAUGAAAAACAGUGGAAACAAGAUGGAUCGAAAGUAUCUUUGUCUAUUUUUCAUUGCAAUUAUAAGUUUGGAGCUUCUAGUUCCAUGCGCAAAUGCUAAUGGCGGAGGAAUCAAAGGAAAGGCAAAAAAGGUUGCCAUGGCUAUGAAAAAGGGUUCCAAAGAUACUCUUAAAAUAGUUGGUAAAUCAGGUCGCAAAAUAGGAACCAGUGGAAUAAACACGCUAUCGAGUGCAGGACAAUUAUGUGAAAACGCGUUUUUCCUUGGUUUUGGGUGUUUUGUUUGUUGUCCAAUGGCGUGUUCUGAAGGCCUUGGGGAAACUGUUCUAGGACUUGGUGCUGGAACCAUUACAGUAGGAGAAAAUGUAGCAAAAACGGUAGGUAAUGGCCUCAAAAUGGGUUUAAAAACUGGUGAAUUUGCUGCAAAGGUAGGUGGUUCUCCAUGUAUCUGUAGUUACAAGUCGAUGCAAGCGAUGAAACAAAUCGAAGAAAAAGAGGAAAGAGAGGCAGAGGCAGCGGAAGCAGCAGAAAAAGAAAGACGGAGACAAUUGAAGGAACUACCAAACGAAUAAUAACAUUGGUUAUGUUUUUGUAAAGAAAAUUCAAAUUUUCUCUUUCGAAAUGUUAAAUACAAAAAUUAUCCAAUUUACAUUGUUCGAAUAAAAAUGAAAUAAAGAGUCUUACAGCAGUGAGAUGAACUUUUUCACACGAUGGUA